GUACUUUGUGUCUGCAUGCUGACGACCAUCCUAGGAUGUAUAUUUGGCCUGAAGCCUAGCUGUUCAAAAGAUGUGAAAACCUGCAAAGGUCGCUGCUUUGAAAGGACCUUUGGAAGCUGCCGUUGUGAUAGAGACUGUGUCAAGCUUGGAAACUGCUGCUUAGAUUACCAGGAGACAUGCAUAGAGCCAGCCCACAUCUGGACCUGUAAUAAAUUCAGGUGUGGAGAGAAGAGGCGACCAGAGUAUCAUUGCUCCUGUUCAGAUGAUUGUGUGGAAAAUAAAGACUGCUGUGUCAAUUAUCAGGCUGUUUGUAAAGGAGAGGCAAGCUGGGUUGAAGAAGAGUGUGAGGACAUUACUGAACCUCAGUGUCCAAAAGGAUUUACCAAGUCUCCGGUGUUACUGUUUUCACUGGACGGCUUCAGAGCAGAAUAUUUGCAGACCUGGGGUGGACUCCUGCCUGUCAUUAGCAAAUUACAGAAAUGUGGAACAUACACUUCCGGUAUGAGACCAGUGUAUCCUUCCAAAACCUUCCCCAAUCAUUACUCCAUCGUCACAGGGCUGUAUCCUGAAUCUCACGGCAUAAUUGAUAACAAGAUGUACGACCCUAAAAGAAACGCGUCCUUCACCCUUAAAAGCCAGGAGAAGUUCAACCCUCAGUGGUACCAGGGACAGCCUAUCUGGCUAACGGCUAUGUACCAGGGUCUAAAAGCGGGCACCUUCUUUUGGCCUGGGUCAGACGUAGCAGUGAAUGGAACCUUCCCAAACCUGUAUGAAAAAUACAACAGCUCAAUCCCCUUUGAAGAAAGGGUGGUAACUGUUCUUCGCUGGCUGCAGCUGCCUGAGGAUGAAAGACCACACUUUUACACUCUGUAUUUAGAAGAACCAGAUUCCUCAGGCCACAAGUUUGGACCAGUAAGCAGCGGAGUCAUUAUGGCGUUGCAGAGAGUGGACAACAUAGUAGGGAUGCUGAUGGAUGGUCUCAAGCAAAUGAACUUGCAUAAAUGCCUGAACAUUAUUUUUAUAUCAGAUCAUGGGAUGGAAGCAGGGAGCUGCAGAAAAACAGCCUAUCUGAACAGCUACCUGGAUGAUGUUCAAGAUUUCAUAAUAGUACCUGGUCCUGCAGCUCGCCUCAGACCUAAUAAUGUUCCAGAUGAGUAUUUCUCUUUUAAUUACGAAGGCAUUGUCAGAAACCUCACAUGCAUAGAACCAAACCAGCCUUUCAAACCAUACAUGAAGCAGCUGCUCCCCAAGCGUCUCCAUUAUUCCUAUAACGACCGGAUCGAACCGUUGCACUUCUAUUUAGACUCCCAGUGGCAGCUUGCAAGGAAACCGCUUGAGAUUAAAAGCUGCACAGGUGGAUUCCAUGGCUCGGACAAUCGCUUCCCCAGUAUGCAGGCUAUCUUUAUUGGCUUUGGACCAGGAUUCAAGUUUCGUACUCAAGUGGAUCCAUUUGAAAACAUUGAAGUAUAUAAUUUAAUGUGUGAUUUGCUCAAUUUGAAGCCAGCCCCAAACAACGGAACUCACGGGCGCCUAAACCACCUUUUGAGGAACCCUGUUUACACCCCCCACCACCCCAAAGAAACCAGCCAUCCUUCCGAAUGCCCCGUGGUGGGACAGAGGGCCUUUUCCCUGAGCCUGGGCUGCUCCUGCAGGACAGGGGGCUUGCCAAUAAAGGAUUUUCAUCAGCGUUUAAAUCUCACCGAAGCAGAAGUUCAGAAGACAGAGGAGCUCACUUUGCCCUACGGACGGCCCAGGGUUCUGCAGAAGAGACACAAUUACUGCCUCCUCUACCAUCGCCGCUACGUGAGCGGGUACAGCAAGGACUACAGGAUGUCUCUCUGGAGUUCAUACACCGUUAACAGAGAUGACAAAUGGGUUUCUGCUACGGAAGAUGUCUCCAGCUGCUUACACAAGGAUGCUCGUAUUCCUGUUAAUCAUAACCAGACGUGUUUGUUUUACAACAACCACCCUCGCCUGACCUACGGGUUCCUCUCUCCUCCAAAUAUUAUGACAGAUGCAAAGAAGCCUCAUUAUGAUGCCUUGCUUACCAGCAACGUUGUGCCAAUGUAUCCUGCAUUUAAAGUGUUAUGGAGCUACUUCCAUCAACACCUGCUCCCCGAAUACGCUGCAGCCCGGAGCGGCGUCAACGUAGUCAGCGGUCCUGUGUUUGAUUACGACUCUGAUGGGCUCUGUGAUACCCCAGAAAAAGUGAAAAGACGCCCCGGUAAUUCAGAAGUUCCAGUUCCAACUCACUUCUUCAUUGUGCUGACCAGUUGUAAAAAUACUUCUGAAACGCCUCUGGAGUGUGAAGGGUCUCUAGAUGCCUUGUCUUUCAUCGUGCCUCACAGAGAAGACAACAGUGAAAGCUGUGCAGAUGGCAAGUCUGAGUCCACGUGGGUUGAAGAGAGAAUGAGGUUUCACACAGCUCGGAUCAGAGACGUAGAAUUACUCACUGGACUCAGCUUCUAUCAAGACAGAAAACAGCCAAUAACUGAGAUUUUACAGUUAAAAACAUAUUUACCAACUUUUGAAACGGUCUGAUUUUUUUUUCCUAUGGAACGUUGUUAUCCAUUUCGCAUCUGAUUUGUAAAUAGACUGUUUUUAAUUAAUGAAAACACUUUUUUUUUUUAAUAAGCUGGAACAUUCGUUGAGAACUCUUGACCAAAAUGCCAGUAAGGAGGAGGGUGGGUGCCAUAUUUGUAUCUCAGGGACUCCUGAUGGACUCUGUACGAAACACAGGGUGGCAGCUCCUGUCAUUCCCACUUGAAUGUGGUAGAACCAUGGCCAUUAUUAAAUGCUACCGGCGUUUAAGCAUCAAAGUCUGAGACACGAACAAAAAAAUGUUAUCUUUUCUACGCACUGGAGAGGGAGAAGUUUAUAAAACAUGGGUUAUGAACAAUAUUCUACUUCAAAAAUACUGAUAAUUGGCAAAUACAGUUCUGGGAAAUAACUGCCUUCUUGGUGACCGUUGAGAUAUAAACAGCAGCUCUCGCUCUGGUUUUCCUCAAAGCACGAGUCACGUUCUGAGCUUUGGGUGUCACAGAAGGAUGCAGCUUUAUGGUACAAGAAGCUACGCUGAGGUUAGUGACACUGGGAACUGGGACUGCCCCAAGAUGGAAAACCCACUCCGCUGAAGGAAUCCUGGUAGCUGGGAAGCCUCGGUGUGUUGCUGCCCUCUGGUGCCUCUGCCACCCAAGGAGAAGUUGAUGCACAAUUUGCUUGUUGGCUCUGCGUCCUCAAAAAAAAAGAAAGCAGGACAUUUGUCACCUGCAUGCAAAUCAGAAGAAAUUAAUUGAGGAAUAUCUCCGAGCUCCCAGAAGUCAUUAUCUUACUUCAAAUAGAAGUGGCUCAAAAAAAGUGGCUCAAAACUGAAAUUUUUCUGGAAACAAAGAUGUCUUUCUCACUUUGGUGCAUGACUUUUGUCAGCUGCGGUUUUGAAAUCACCUUAUUGUCGAGAAAAGGUAGUUUUGCACUCAGAUUGUGGCCUUAGGGUGGUAAGAUGAUCUUCUCUACUGGAGCUUCUCAUCGCUACAGAAGAUGACACACAGUUGUCUUUUGGCAGCAAAUGACCAGAUCCUGAUGGCUUUCGUAGCUUUUCUUAGGGGUACAUGAUCUGAAUUCCAGUUACCCAUCUUGAAUGCAGGCGCUGCCAGAUGCAAAUUCUGAAGAAACUCUUCUGAAGGAGCUUUCUUGGAAGUUUUUGGGCCACACACAGCUGCUGACGGGCACUCAGGAGUGCAGGAACUCCCUCCUUUUCCAGUACACGUGCUAUCACCUGGGGAAUUCUCCCGCUCCCUCUAAAGCUGAUGAGCCCGAGUUGGCUCUGGUGUGUAUAGAGUUUGGCAUAGUCAACUACACAUUUAUGUUCUCUUCAUUUAAAAAGAAGAAAAUACGUCACGCACAAGGAUGUUGGAGGAAGGAAGAGCCCGUGGCUGAGCAGAGGGGCUCGGUCAGGGGACGUCAGAGGCUGGAUUCAAAGCCUGCUGAAGGCAGGGGAAGCUUUUCCAUCAACUUCCGUUUCAGAGGGUUGAAAUCCUGGGACCAUUUUUUUUAAAUUUUUAACCAAAUGUAUUUUCUUGAUCUGUUACAAGCAUGAUUUUUAUUUUUUUUUUUCCUAAAGUAGUUUCACUGUGUGAAAUUUAAAAUGUGUUGUAGCAACCUCACAUCAUGGUAUGACUGUGACAGCAUUAUUCAGUGUAACUGCUUUGCAACGUUGCUUGUGACCAAUAAAAACAUCAGAAGUAGUAAA